UUGUUUUUUUUUUUAGCAAAAAGCCCAUGUGGACUUGGACAAACCGUGUCUAAGUGAAUUUUCUAUUCCAAAUAGCCUACUGUUUGGUUCAAAACAUUGAAAACCAAUUCUUUUUAAGUAAAGUCAAAAGUCAAAGUUCAUAUAUGCGUGGUGUGUGUAUGCAUAAACAUAACAUACCGAGACGAAACUUGCACAAGUCAAACAACGACGUCUCAAGAACCCUAUAUAUAAGAGUCAUCAUCGCAUUUAUUAUACACAUACAAACCAAGAAAAGACCCUAACCAAUAUCAAAAAGCUCUUUCUUGUUUUUUGUUUUGUUUUUUUUUUUUUUGAUUUUUCAUUCAAAGAGAAGAAAAAUCUAAGUAUGAUGAGGAGACAAUUAGUGCUUGUAAUAAUCUUAGUUGUCAUUUUCGUUGUUGUCUUGGACGUUACGCAAGUUGAAGCCACAAGGUCUUUCCCGAUGGCCGUCGAUGAGAUCAGUCUGCUAUUGCAGGUGCUGCAAAGAGGUCCGGUUAGAGGCUCGGGUAGGAACGGUUGCACCCAUAUCCCUCGCGGCGGUUCAGGUAGGUGCCGCCACGGCUAAAGCUGUCACGCGAAACUUCUUCAUCAUUCUUUGAUUCUUUUCUUUUUGCAACAUUUGUAUGUUACGUACAUAGUUACAUAUACGUAGUUAUACAGUAGCUUUAGAUUUGGUCUCAUAUCAAUUGAAUUGUAAUCAACGGUAAUUUGAUUAAUACAAACAUGUUUUUUACCGCUAGUCACUAAGUUGGUAAAGAAAAUAGCAUUUUCCGAAACAAAUGGAAUAAUAAAAAGUUUCCUUUUUUGUUUGUUUUAAAAAGAAGCUUUAUUGGACUUUUCAGCUUGAAAAGGUAGACGAUACAGUGAAAUAAUUCAAGUAUUUUGACUUUUAUAAUUUUACCACAAAACAAUCACAUAACACACAAUGACACAAACAUACGCUUUAUAUACAGCGUCUGAAGGAAAAGCUGUUCUCACGGCAGUGUACUCCCACUUACACCGUUCGUGGCUGGAGGUUUUUCCUUCCGACGUCUCUUCUUGAUGAAGACGUUACAAAAAGUCAGGCCUUGACGGCAACUACAAUAAGCUCAUUUAAGUUUCCUGCUUCACAGUAACAUAUGAAUCUGAUAUGUUUUGUCUGGAAAUUUACGCACACAAGAUACCGCGAUUUCAUAACGUUCCUGUGACAUCAGAACCUGCAUUAGUGCCAUAGCACAAGGGUCUUUAAAGAUCUCAAGGAUAUAGUCACCCAAAUGAUUUACCUAUAGACCAUUGGUGCUAGUAGUUAAUUAUUUGGUUUUGAAAGGUAACAAUAUUGGGGUUCUUUGUUUUGAUGCGACAAGAGAGAAGAAGUCUUUGUUCUGUAUCAGAUAUGCUCUUCAGGCGGUCCUGUAUGCAGUCUGGCGUGAGAGAAACAAGGUAAAGCAUGGUGGAAAGCUAAUGCCGUUACAGAUUCUACAGAAACUGGUUGAUAAAGGGAUUAGGAACAAGAUCAGUGUAUUGAGAAUGAGGGGAGUAAGAGAUAUGGAGUUGCUGAUGCAGUUUUGGUUCCAAACUAGAUUAUAAUAGCUUUAACUAUUUUGAAAUGUUGGUUAAAUCUUUAGUAUAGCUCCUAGAGUAUAAAGGAUGCACUUGGUUGUAUACAGGCUUUUUUGAUGAAUAAAUUUAACAUUCAUUCAAAAAAAAAAAA